UACUAAGCCAGCAGCCUGUAUGUUCACUUGCUGCAUGUGGUUUUGCUGGUUUGGGGCAUGAUUUUUUCCAAGUGUUGGAGGAGAAAACAUGCCAGAGAUUAUGUACCUUGUGCUGUUCCCACUAUUUUCCAUAGCCUUGCAUGCCAAAAGACUAGGCUAGGAGACACAUAAUUUGCCAGGUCUGAAAUUAUUUUCCUGUUUGUGACUGUCCUUUCUGCAAGGUUUUCCAAAGGGUGUUGGCAGUGCUGCACACCCACUUGCCUUUAGUAAAAGCUGUGAAAACUGUGUCUCCUUGCUGCUGGAGGGAAUGGGGCAAUUUGUGUCUGAAGAUGAUGAAGCAGCUGCUGGGAUGUGUCCACUUCCAGAUUGAUCUUUUUCCUCACUAAACCUCCUUUUUCCCCUGCUUGCCACCUAAGCCGUCUCCUUUUCCAUGGAUGUGCCUUCCUCCUUUAGGUGGCACAGAUGGCAGGCACUGGCUAGCCUAGGUGGAGUGUGUCUUCAUUUGAUUCCAUCUUCAUUUACCAGUGACCUGGAAACAAAACUCAGCUGUAGUCUUUUCUUCCCCACAGCAAUUUAGCUGUGCACGUUCAGCUCUACGCUGUUGCUUUCCUCUUGCAGCUACCUUGUGGAUGAGGCUGUCCUGCUGGUGUUGGAAUAUAUGGAUGGAGGCUCCUUAGCUGAUGUGGUCACUGUGAGAAGGAUGGCUGUAGGACACAUAGCAACAGUGUGUCAGGAGUGCCUGCAAGGCCUGGCUUUCCUUCAUGCCAAGCAGGUGAUCCACAGAGACAUCAAAAGUGACAACAUCCUUCUGGGCCGGGAUGGCUCCGUCAAGCUGGCUGAUUUUGGCCUCUGUGCUGUGCUCAGCCCUGAGCACAGGAAACGGAGGUCGAUGGUCGGGACCACUUACUGGAUGGCACCCGAGGUGGUGAGAAGAGAGCCUUACGACCCCAAAGUGGACACCUGGUCCCUUGGCAUUGUGGGAAUAGAAAUGGCCACAGGAGAGGCUCCUUAUAUGCAGGAGACCAGUGUCAAGGCCAGCUACCUGAUAGGCAAGCAAGGGGUUCCAAAUCUGCAGCAGCUCAGGCUACCCCCUGGCUUGUGUGAAUUUCUGGGCUGCUGCCUGCAGAUGGAUGUGGACAGGUGAGGCUCUGCCAAGGAACUUCUGCAGGUACAAGGCAAAGCGGCUGCAGGCCAAACAGCUGUUCCCUGCCAGGGUUUGCUCCUUGGCCAAACUCCAGGGAAUCAGAUGGG